AUGGCAGAGGCAGCAGUAGUCCUAGCUCUCGGCAAGCUUGUUACCUCUUUUGGAGUAUCAUCACUAAGGACUUACCUAGAGAAAGAACCCGCACGGCUCCCAGAUCUACCAUACACUGCAAAGCACAUCGAGAGGGAAUUAGACAUGAUCCAUCAUUUCUUGAGCCAGGUUGGAACAAAAAUCUACAGCAAUAAAGUUCUUGAAGGCUGGAUAGUAAGGGUGCGGAAGGUCGCUUACCGUGUUGAGGACAUAACAGAUGAGUACAGCUAUAACAUAGCUCUUGAACAUGAAAACCAUUUUAAAAGGUUAAUACACAAGUUCUUCUAUCCAACUGCUUUUCAUCGCAUCGCUAUUGAGCUUAAAGAUAUCGAGGAAGAGAUCAAGCACUUGUCACAGCUGAAAAGGGAUUAUCGAGAAAUGUUCAAUGAAUUACUUGACAACACUAGUGAUAGUGCUCAUAUUCAUCUCCUGUCAUCUAAUGGUUCUCCUCAUGCCGUUAAAGGAGAUGACAUUGUUGGGAUGAAAGAAGACAUGGAGCUGCUUGGCAGAUGGCUAGAUCCCAAGGAGUUAGAUCGAACAGUAAUAUCAAUAUGGGGUUUUGGUGGAUUGGGUAAAACAACCCUAGUCAGGAAGGUUUAUGAUUGGGAGAAGGGAAUGAAGAGCUUUGACUGUUAUUCAUGGAUUGCAGUAUCACAUAACUAUAACAUCAAUGCUAUAUUAAGGCAGUUGAUUCAAGAGCUGAGCGAGGACCAAAGCAAAAUCCCCACUGAUCUUGACACUAUGCACCAUGGUAAGCUGAAUGAUGAGUUAAAGGAGGUUUUGUCAAAUAAGAAAUACUUGAUUGUACUCGAUGAUGUAUGGGAUACUAGAGCUUUCCAUGAGCUAUCUGACUCAUUGAUGGAUGAUAAGAAAGGAAGUAGGAUAAUAAUCACAACCAGGAAUAAUGACGUUGCUUCAUUGGCUCAAGAAAUGUACAAGAUGAAGCUUAAUCCACUAGGCAAUGAUGAUGCAUUUGAACUCUUUCAUAGAAGGUGCUUCCAGAAAAGCAAUAUGGAGUGCCCCUCUCAUUUGGAGGAAUUGUCUAGGCAGAUUGUAAAUAAGUGUGGAGGCUUGCCGUUGGCAAUUAAUGCAAUAGGAAAUGUAUUGGCUGUACAGGAAUCAAAAGAGAUAGUAUGGAGAAGAAUAAACAAUCAAUUCAAGUGUGAAUUGGAGGACAACCCUGGCCUAGACAAAGUAAGGAGCGCACUGAGCAUAAGCUUCAUGUACCUGCCAAGGCAUCUCAAGAAUUGUUUUUUAUAUUGCAGUAUGUUCCCGCAAGAUUAUAUUUUCAAGCGUGAGCUUCUUAUCAAGCUAUGGAUAGUAGAGGGCUUUGUAAUACAGCGAGGUCAGAGUACAUUGGAGGAGGUUGCAGACGGCUACUUCACUGAGCUGAUCCAACAAAGCAUGAUGCAACUUGUUGAGAACGAUGAGAUUGGUAGAGUGGUAAGCUGCAGGAUGCAUGACAUUAUGAGGGAAUUAGCACUCUCCUUUUCUAGGAAGGAAAGAUUUGGUCUGGCGGACAUAAACCUUGAAACUCAAAAGAAGGAUGAUGUUCGCCGGCUGUUAGUGUCAAACUUUGAUCAGGUGAAUCAGCUGAUAAAAUCAAGCAUGGACCUUCCUCGUCUCCGGACAUUCAUUGCAGCCAACAGAGUUGCUAAUUAUCAGUUGUUAACCUUACUAAUUUCCAGGUGUAAAUACCUUGCUGUUCUAGAACUACGAGACUCACCCUUGGACAAGAUUCCAGAAAAUAUUGGGGACUUGUUCAACUUGCGCUAUCUUGGCUUAAGGAGGACACGUAUUAAGUCCCUACCAAUAUCAAUUAAAAAGCUCACCAAUUUGGAAACUCUGGACUUGAAAUCAACUAACAUUGAAAGGCUCCCAAGAGAGGUAGCUAAAUUAAAGAAGCUGAGGCACAUCUUUGCAGAGCAAUUGUAUGACCCAGAAGAGAGGCAAUUGCGUUACUUCCGUGGUGUGAAAUUGCCUGACUGUGCUUUUGAUUUGGCACAGCUGCAGACUCUCCAGACUGUUGAAGCAACCAAGGAAUCGGUGAAGCUACUGAAAUACUUGCCUGAGCUGAGGCUUCUGUGUGUCGAGAAUGUUUGUCGUGCUGACUGUGCAACACUGUUUUCUUCCUUAUCAAAUAUGAACCACCUUUAUGACUUGGUCAUCAGCGCCAACGAUCUGAAUGAACCUCUGGAUUUUAAUGCUUUCAAUCCUAUAUGUACAAAGCUAGAGAAGCUCACAAUCAGAGGAUGCUGGGACAAUGAGACAUUCCGAAGACCAGUGUUCUGUGAGUAUGGUGCAAAUAUCAAGUACCUGACACUGACAUUUUGCAAAAAUGACACCAAUCCACUCCCAUCAAUAUCAUCAAGCGUGCCAAAUCUGAUAUUUUUGAGCAUACGCAGGGGAUGUUGGGCUGAGGACAUAAUUCUCCGUGCAGGAUGGUUUCCUCAGCUGAGGACUCUUUGGUUGGGAAAAUUGGAGGAGUUGAGAAGGCUAGUCAUUGAGGAAGGGGCCAUUAUUAGGCUGGAAGUGCUGCUUCUGCUGUCGCUCCCAUCCCUCAGGGAGGUUCCUAAAGGUUUGGAGCUUCUUGCAUCCCUCAAGAAGCUCAAUGUCACGAUGCAACACCAUGAACUCAAGGUAGAGUGGGAACGAGACAACUGGAAAACAAAAUUGCAUCGUAUCCAAGAAAUACGUUUCUAAGAAGAGAUUAUUGGCUGAUGCCUGUAUUUUUCUUUUUCUUUUUAUAUGAUGCUAGUAUGUCUAGCGUUUGCUUGUGUUUUCAGUGUUCACAACAAAUUGAAAGAGUGGCUGUUUUGUCUUCUUUUA